ACCCACCGUACCCUUUACAAGACAUUGUGUUGUUUAAUGCUACAUGUUAAAGAUAUGAAGAAAAGGUAAAAGCUACCAUUGGAGUUUAUGAAACGAAAGGAAUAAGAAAAACGCUGUUUACUUGAGCGUCUGAAUCGAAUCUCUCAGCUCACCAACAAGCAUUCGUUAGGGACUCCUUCUCGUUCUCAUAACAAGUCUCUAGUUACAUUUGCGAUUCGUUCAAACGUAGAGAAUAAAUCACCACAAGGAUUCUUCGUAACUAUCUUAUCCAACUUCAUUCUCUUUACGCAGAAAUACAAUCUCAUCCCCCACUUGUUGAGUCAUGUGGCGGCAUGCUUUGUUACACUAAAGUAUUACUAUUGAAGAAGACACUUGGCAGCAAGGGAUUACUUACUUAUGACGCCAAGGGUAAACAAUUGUGGUAUUAGACGGUUUCACAAAAGGAUUGAAAUUGAAAAGAUCUUAAAAGGUUGGAGGGUAUGGAUCCUGAGCUUUUAGCGGGGACUAUGUUUAUAUGGCUCCUGAAAGGAUAGUCUUGGUAUACGAAACUCGAUAAAAAAUGAAUUCAUUGGAUCCAAAACCCAACGUCACGAUUCAGUCUAUCUUCGCAAAAAUACUAAUAGUAGGAUUUCAUCUUACUUAUUAUGAUCCAUUAAAACAUACUUCAUUGCCUUGCCAAAGUCGGAUGAUGGCUAAAACGCAGCUCAUAUCGUCCAUUACGUUAAUCCGACGCAGUUCAUACCCAGCGUUGUUUGCGUAUAAACAUGGUAUAUUAAUCAUGCAAAGUACAUCUUUUAUUUUCUGGCUGGACUUUGUUUUUUUGACUUGACUAAGAAUUUAUCGUUAAGGUCGCACUCAUUUCUCUUCUCAGUAUAAAAAGCAAUAUCUUUGAUAAAAGCGAAUUAAAAGGAAUAAUUUUUUUCUUUGAGAGGUUUGUUUUACCUAAACUAAGAGUACAAAAGAAACUACCUUAGAGACCAUGGACGCAAAUCCGAAUGACCCAGCACCUAGGUCAGCUGAAGGCUUGAAUGAACGGUCGGCCUUGCUUCCUAGAUUUUUGGGCUCUCAUCAGGGAGCCAUUCCACAAUACUCUAAUUCUUAUGCUCUUACUCCACUCUUUUAUUGGAUUCGCAGUACUUCGUUAAGUCUGUUGAUAUUCACAUUAGUUGUUCAUUUUCUAUUGCUCAUUAAUAUCUUUAUUUCCAUUCCUAUAUUAAGUCAUCUCUCGACAGGUUUUACACCUAUUGGAUUCACCGCAUUGUCGGCACUUUUACUGGCGAUGCAACUUACAUUUGUGUAUUCUCCCAAUGCACCUGAGCGAAUCACUCAACGUAUAAAUGCUUUUCUCUUGGUUGUUGAUGUACUUCUUGUCGUUCUUAGUCCAAUUCUUCGCCAUAGGGAAGGUUGGAGAGGCAUAUUUUUCGUGUUUUGGGCUUUCCUUAUGAGCCUUUGGAUUGUAUUCAGUGAUGAAAUGCUUCUUCGUCAAUAUAAGGAAGAACAUCCCGAAUAUGCUUCAGGUUCCUAUGAACAUUCGACUUGGUCUCCUACUACGUGGCCGUGGCGAAGAUUCGGCAAUCUCACAAUUUCUAUGAUUUUUUCCAUCAUCCUUACCGUACUAACUAUUCACACCGUGUUGACUUUGGCUCUCCGUGCUUACGACGGUAAUCUGACAGCGCCUGGUAAACUCUACACCGUAACAGAUAGUAAAGCCAAAAUUCACUUGGAGUGUUUUGGAAGCACAACUUCUCCCAACCGCUCUACUGUCCUGAUUGAAGGAGGUGAAGUAUCUGUUCAUCCCUUUAAGGAAUGGAUUCUAAACCUUCACCAUACCGCUGGAGGGUCGGGUGAAUUGGAUUGGGAUCCAAGCGUUGUUAAUGAGAAAGUCGGAUUUAAUUACAUUCCUCCCGAUACUCGGGUUUGUGUUUGGGAUCGUCCAGGUAUGGGCUGGUCUGAUAAUAUUGGAUCUCCUUCUUCCAUUGGCAUGGUCGAGGAUUUACUCGGCGAGGCGCUUGUCCAAGCGGACGUCCAUGGUCCUUAUAUUUUAGUUGGUCAUGGUAUCGGAGGUGUCUACUCUAACGUUUUCGCUGCUCGUCACCUCGGCGAAGUGAAAGGCAUGCUACUGAUUGAUUCCGGAUCAGUCCAAUCCCUGCAGCGCUCUGGUAGUUUUAGUACUCGUUUUCUCUUGUUUAUUCGAGGAUGGCUUUCACCCUUGGGUAUAAAUCGCUUGUUCGGGACCAUUUUUCUCGGACGGGAUAGGAAAGAUCGUGUAUACGGAUUUUAUUCUUGGACGUCUGACCGAUGGGUAAAGGCUAAGUUGGAGGAGUCAAUAACAGGACCCACUUUUUCAAAGUCAGAGUUACGGUCUGCACAAGCUGUUCUUCCUAAGAAAUUACCGGUUAGCAUAAUUACUUCGGGAAACAGCUUAAAGAAUGUGAAAAACUGGUCUGAAGAGCAGAGGGAAUUAAGCAAGCUCACUGACAAUACGGUUUGGGAUAUUGUUAAUGAUGCUCCACAUGAAGUUUGGAAGACUUCGGAAGGUGCUAAAAUUAUACUUAAACGUGCAGCUGAACUUUUCAGCGGAAGACUAUUUGACGGAAAUUAGUGAAUACCGCGAGUCUAUGGAGUAUUAUAUUUAUAUUUCCGGUUAUAUGCGUUUGUUAAUGAAUUUAAAUGAGAAUGUGAGUUUAAUUUAAAAUUAAA